AUGACAGGCGAACACACAGAUGAAUCAGAAGGGUUUAUGGCAUUUUUAAAAGGAGCUGAUGUUACUCAAAUCGAUCAAGACAAAUGGAAUGCUUAUUUAGAUAAAUAUAAACUAAGUAAUAUAAAAUUAUUCAAGGAAGAACUCAUAUCUUCACCAUCAGAACAGCCACAACAGCCCCUUUCACACUCAGUUUCGCCUUCUCGCAGAGUAGUUUCUCCUCCAGCAAGGAUGGUCACAAGAGGUCAAAAAGACUUGAUGCUGUCGAGUCCAACAAAAGAAAAACCAUCAUCACCUUCUUCUAGACAUUCACAGCCAACAACACCUUCCGCAGAUCGACCAUUGCCAUCAACAUCCACGGUAGAUCAACAGCCAUCAUCUCCAUCCAUCCCGAUCAGCAAUACAAUUGAUCCUAAAACGGCAUCAGCCCUUGUCUACAAUGGCAUCAAACUAGCUGAUGCCAAUACAUCAUCCAAAACAAGCAGUAUUGACCUAUACGCAUGGCAAUUAAAGGCAACACAUUUCCCGCUCUAUAAACAGUUACAGACAGCUCGAAAGACAUUGACAACGCACGAUUGGAUGCUUGCUCGUGAUGAGCUAAAAGCUGUCAAGACGAUUCAACGUAUUGAGGCGCUCAAGAAAAAGAAUGGUUGGAGCUUGAGACAACUGAAGCGACACAAGGCACCGCCACGAGCCAAAACGCACUGGGACUCUGUUUUGGAUGAGAUGAAAUGGAUGCAGACAGAUUUUAAAGAGGAACGCAAGUGGAAGAUUGCCGUGGCCUAUAUGCUUUCUAAGGCAGUCAUGGAGUGGCACUGGACAGAUGAUAAAUCGACCGUGUGCAUCAAGACACGUAUUCCGGAGCCAAAGGCACCCGUGGACGAUAUACCCUCACUCACAGACAUGGAUGUCGAUCAGCAAAAACCCGAGUUAGUACCAGAUGAAGCCAUGACUUCAGACGAGCCCCUCAAAUCAGAUACCAUGAUGGGUACCGACGACAUGAAGCAAUCAGAACCUAUGGACAUGGCAGAUGACGCGAUGCCGACAACACCACCACUUGCUUCUCAUGUGAUUCAAGAGUACAGAGUCAUUCUGAAAGAAAUGGACCCGGAUAUUCCUGUCAUCGCCCUUUCCUUUGAAACCUCGGUCGACUUUAACCCAGACGCUCUGUUUCCCGAUCUUUUGUUAUAUGAGCCUCCUAACCCUGAAUUUAACGAUGUUUACUUUAACGAAAUCGAGUUUAACAGGGUCACACCGGUCUCAAAAUGGAUGACAAAGCCCAUCGCUCUCAAAUCACACAGACAGAUGACUCGUAAGCGGAGGGCAAAUGGCGAAGAGAUAUUCUUUGCAGAGGAAGAAAAACCAGAAGUUGAGCGAUUGCCUCGUUUUGAACGCUAUGAUACUACGCCAUUGAUUUCACGUAAAGUCUAUAUGAAAUUAUAUCACGCUCUUUUUCUAAUUUUUAUUUACUUAGCCUUAUUUGCUGCUCCUACAAAGAAGCAAAAAGAUUCGACAGGAGUUUCUCCUAGUCAGCCACAGCCACCUUCAAACCGAGAGUACUUGCCUUCACCGCAGUGGUCAGAAGAGGACGAUGUAUGCCUUAUCACUUGCAUCCUUCAGUAUUCAUUCAAUUGGGAUCUUGUAGCCGAUGCUUUCAAUUCUGUGCGCUUACCCGUUACUGGCGAGCGAAAGACGGCAUUUGACUGCUACGAACGAUGGAAACGUCAAGGUCUGACAUCAAGCCAAGGGCUUGUGAAUGCUGCAUAUGCUUCUCGUAUCAAGAAAGAGUUAAACCCAACACAAGCACAGCCUCCAACAAUCAUUCGCUUCGACUCGCCUCAGAAACGCCAACGUCAACAUAAUCUAUUUGAAGCAAUCAAAAAGACGCAACGUAAACGUGAGGAACUGGUCAAGAACGCGGCAUCUACGACUGCACCUCCACCCAGAUCCACAAUCGAGACACACGGAUUAAGCAGUACAGGUCAGCGUUUGCCUUCAGCCAUGGAAAUGAGUUUACACAAAGCACAGCGAGAGAGGCAAAUGGCCCAAGCUGUCUUGGAACAAAGACAACUAUCAGCAGCCAUCACGCUCGGUUCUCAGACACCGAAUGGUGCUCCUCGACCUUCACCUGUCGCUGCUCCACAAGCAAGGCCUACUCUUCCUGUGGGAUCGCCUGUUGUCAAUACGCAAGCACGAGCAACAGCUACGGCAGCUGCUGUGGCAGCAGCAGCAGCAGUAGGCCUUACACCCACUCAACCCAAUGCUCGUCCACCACAAAUACCUAUUACAGCUCAAAACAAUGUCGCUGCGAAUUUACCAUUGAACAGAUACCCAGCAGCGGCUCAAUUACAAUUAUUACGACAGCAACAAAUGGUUUUGAUGGCAGCAGCGCAACAACAACAGAUGGCACAACAACAACAGCAGCAGCAACAACAACAACAGCAACAGCAGCAAUUGGCACAGCAACAAAUAAGGCCUGGUAAUGUAGUAGCUGCAAAUGCAGCAGGUACACCUCGGUUAUCUAAUGCUUUGCAAGCGAAUGCCCAAACACAGCAAUUACAACAACUGCAACAGCAAUUGAUUCAACAACAAUUACAGCAGCAGGCACAGCUUUUGGCUAGACAAAGACAACAACAACAGCAGCAGCAGCAACAUCAAGCACAAGUAUCCGGUACACCUACAGCCAGUGGUAAUGAGACUCCACAGGCAUCACAAAUGGCAUCACCUAUUGUUGCUCAGCAAAGUCCAACUCAGCAACAGCAACAACGACCAAUGAUGCAACCAAAUACAACGCCUCAGUCCUCACCACAACAAUCACUACCAACUCAACAACAACAACAGCAGCAGCAGCAGCAAGCAGCAGUUGCAGCUCAAUUACAAGCAGCACAGGCCAAUCCAUUAAUGUUUGCUGCUCAACUUGCCCAAAUGGGGUAUCCGAUAUCACAGCUGGCACCUAACCAACAGUUGCAACUUCAAAGAUAUUUGGCUCAAUUACAAAUGAGAAAUGCAGCUGUUGCCGCUGCGGCAGCCGCUGCAACGAAUGGGAAUACAGCCAAUGUGAACAAUAAUGGUAAUACGGUUAACAAUGGGAGUCCAAUUAUCAAUCAACAACCACCACCACCACCGCAACAACAAUGA